UGGACUGCCUUUUCUACUGCAACAGUCCAGCGAAUGUACCGUACGGAUUUUAUGCGGUCUGUAGAGAACAUUGGUUCAAAUAUUAAACAGCCUGCCGUGUGCCUCGAGUUCUGCAAGUCACGGCCUCCAUCUUUGCACCGCAAGCCUUGUGCAACGUUUGCCACACUGCGUCGGCCGGUGUUUUAAGGUAAUUCAGCUAAGGCAGCAACAUGAACGCGAACCAACAGCAGCAAAAAUUCAUCAUCGUCCGUGCGAUGAACAAUCGCCAGUACACUGUACCUGUGGCGCCAAACAUGACAUUCUACGAUAUACUGAAGAAUGUUUGCCAAAAAACCAAUUUGGAACCGGCGGAACAUGUUCUAUCAUUCCGCACUCGGCUACAGGACUCGUCACUGAUGUUUCGCUUCUCGGGGAUACCUAACAAAGCGAUGCUAGAUAUGGAGAAAGCGAAGCAAGCACGCAUCCUAUCGCCGGUGACAAUUCUGCUGCACUGCGAGAACGGGGCACGUCCGUCUGGGACGUUUGCAGCUACGGCAUCGUUACUCGAGGUGUUGCAGCAGCUCAGCCCCGAAUUAGCUCGGGCGGAUGCGAACCCCGUGAUGAUCUAUACGCGAUGCGAACUGUUUUUCGAGCAACUGGCAGGAACGACAUUGGAAAACCUUGGUCUGACCAGUGGCCGUGCCGUUGUUCGGCUGCUGCAGCGCAAACCAGAACAAUUAAAAACGCAGGCUAACGUCUCAUCGCCGCUCCCGAAAGUAAUCCGAGACGAAGAACCUGCUGCGCCCAAGAAAGAAACGCAAGCAACUGAGACAGCCUCGAAAUUGCCAGAACACCCUCCAGCAUGUGCUGACUCGGUGCCACAAACGAAAAAAGUGCCUCUUCCAACCGUCGAACAGACCGAAUCAGUAGCACCACCAUCCUUGGCAGCUACUACUGAUAGCAAUGCCGAUAGCCUAUCAGUAGCACCACCAUCCUCGGUAGCUACUACUGAUAGCGCUGAGACAAACAAUCAGGACAUCCCCAGCGCGGUUCCAACGAAGGACGUGUCGCUCGCUGCUGAAGGACGUGCGGGAAUAAUUGUGUAUAUUGGCGAUCGGCAGGCGGUGCUAUACCACCGUGAGUUAUACGAACAAGAGCCAUCGUACUACGAAGAGGACGAUUCCUUUUUUGAUCUGUCAAUUAGGGAAGUGACCCGUCUUCAAAUUCAGCUGCAUGAACGUGUCCUCGAGCUAGAAGCAAUGCCGCUCGUGGCCGCGACAUGGCUUGAGAUACAACGUAAAAGAACAAUGCUGGGAUUAAUUAGCCGCUACCCUCAGUCAGUAAUUAGGAUUCUAUUUCCCGAUCAAUACAUACUGCAGGGGGUGUUUGAAGCAGAUGAAACUGUUGCGGAUAUAGAGAACUUUGUCCGCGGAUUUCUUGUCGAUCCAACCACACCAUUCACACUCUACACUACCCCUCCGAAGGAGAUUCUUCAGUCGACAGCUACUUUGUACGAAUCAAAUUGCCUUCCGAGAGCGAUGCUUCAUUUCGGAUCUAGCGCUUCGCCUGCCGAUGGAUGUUCCUAUCUGGAAAGCAAGCUGAUGGAACAGCUUUCCGAUGUUUAUGGUGCUGCUGAAGUUGCAGGUCAGGUACUGCGUCAUAAAUUGCACAAGGGUGGCGCUGGACACAAGGUGAAGUCAGUACCGGUCAACGCAGCAACACCCGCUCCCACUGGACAACUGCAUCAAUACCACGAACUGCAUCAAUACCACGAUCAAAUAGCAGGGCCUAGCCAACCGAAAGGCAACACUAACAGUGCCAACACGCAAUCACAACAGCAGCAUUCCAAGCAGGAGGCGAUGCUGCUCAAAUUUUUGAAAAAGUAGCACCGCUGCUUCAUGGAAGCUCAUCUUUAAUUUUGUCAUUUCAAUAUUCUUUCCUAUACCUCAUGCCGCUUCCAGCGCACACUCUUCUUUCAUUUCAAUAAUUCUUAUUCUUCAUACCAUUUGAAGCGGUCGUUUCAAUCUCAAGAACUCAUUUCAAUAUUCUUUCUGUUUUCAAAAUGCCCUAAGCUCGAGCAUGCAUUUUACGUUUUACCAAUUGUUUGAAAUCCCGUAUAGCGCAACAGCCACCCUUGCUCGGCAGCAAGCGACAGCCUUCAGAGCUCAGUUAGCGGGUAUCUGAAAUAAAAAAUGAUCGUUUUCUCAAAGCAAAGCAAUUAGCUUUGAUACUUAUGACCUAGCUGGUACAACUGGCAACUAAUGGACAACAAAUGUUACAGCAUACGAAUUGCUAUUUAAAUAAAAACGAUGCAGUGAUCA